UAAGAUUUGUAAUUUUAUUUAGUUUUAGAUUAAUAUUAUUUUUUUAUUCUUUAGUUUUAUUAAAUUGUAAUUAUAGAUAUUUUAUUGAGUGAGAAGUUAUUAGUUAUAAUAGAGUUGGAGUUUUUAUAACAUUAAUUUUUGAUUGAAUGAGAUUGAUAUUUAGUGCUUUUGUUUUAUUUAUUUCUAGAAUAGUAAUUUUUUAUAGAAAGGAUUAUAUAAGAGGAGAUAUAAAUAUAAAUCGAUUUAUUAUUUUAGUUUUAUUAUUUGUUAGAUCAAUAUUAUUAUUAAUUUUUAGUCCAAAUUUAAUUUCUAUUUUGUUAGGUUGAGAUGGAUUAGGAUUAAUUUCGUAUUGUUUAGUAAUUUAUUUUCAGAAUAUUAAAUCUUAUAAUGCUGGGAUAUUAACUGCUUUAUCUAAUCGUUUAGGGGAUGUAGCUUUUUUAUUAGCAAUUUCUUGAAUAUUAAAUUAUGGGAGAUGAAAUUAUAUUUUUUAUUUAAGAAUAUUAAAAAGCGAUUGGGAGAUAAUAAUUAUUGGGGGAUUAGUUAUAUUAGCUGCUAUAACAAAAAGAGCUCAGAUUCCUUUUUCUUCUUGAUUACCUGCAGCUAUGGCGGCUCCUACUCCAGUUUCUGCUUUAGUUCAUUCAUCAACAUUAGUAACUGCGGGCGUAUAUUUGAUAAUUCGAUUUAGAGAUUUAAUAUUAAAUUUAUGAAUUAUUAAUUUAUUGAUGUUAAUUUCAAGAGUAACAAUAUUAAUAGCAGGGUUAGGGGCUAUGUUUGAGUUUGAUUUAAAGAAGAUUAUUGCUUUAUCGACUCUUAGACAGUUGGGUUUAAUAAUAAUAAUUUUUUCUUUUGGAUUUAAAGAAUUGGCAUUUUUUCAUUUAUUGACUCAUGCAUUAUUUAAGGCUUUAUUAUUUAUAUGUGCAGGAGGGGUUAUUCAUAAUAUAUUUAAUAAUCAAGAUAUUCGGUUUAUAGGGGGUUUAGUAAAUUUUAUACCUUUUUCAGUUAUAAGUAUUAGAAUUGCGAGAUUAGCUUUAUGUGGGUUUCCCUUUUUAGCCGGAUUUUAUUCAAAGGAUUUAAUUUUAGAAAUUAUUUAUAUAAAUAAUUUUAAUUUAGUAAUAUUUAUUAUAGUAAUUGUUUCAACCGGGUUAACAGUAUCAUAUACUUUUCGAUUAGUUUUUUAUUUAUUAAGAGGAGAUAUAAAGAUAUUUUCAAUAUUUUUAAUUAUAGAUAGAGGGGUUUAUAUAGUAAAAAGAAUGUUUUUAUUAUUAAUAAUGGUAGUUAUUGGGGGAAGUUUAUUAAGAUGGUUAAUAUUUAUAAAACCUUAUUUAAUUUAUUUACCUUUAAAGUUAAAAUUGUUAACUUUAGAGAGAUGUAUUAUAGGAGGAGUAAUUGGUUAUAUAAUUUCAUUAAUUAAGUUAGUUUUAUAUUGUAAUUAUUUUAAAUUAGUUUAUAUAAAGUGAUAUUUGGGAAGAAUAUGAUUUUUGCCAAGUUUGUCUACUUUAGGUGUUAGAAAAAUAAGUUUAAAUUUGGGGUUUUAUUUAAUUAAGAAUUUAGAUUAUGGAUGAAGAGAGUAUUGAGGAGGGUUAAAUAUUUAUAAAAUUAUUUUAAAUAGUUCUUUUUAUAUUGAAAAAAUACAAUAUAAUUAUUUAAAAAUUUAUUUAUUAUUAAUAGUUAUAUGAUUUUUUAUUUUAUUUUUAGUUUUAUUUAAUUA